AUGUUGGAUCAUUUUAAGGAAUUUAAAGCGUACACUCAGGAGGAAGGGCUGCAGAAAUUUAAACUACGGAAUUUGUGUGAAACGGAUUGGCCACAGUACCCUCUUUCCCGCCCAUGGCCCCCUGAGGGGACAAGUGAUCCCAAACUGGCCUUGGAGGCAUUAAUAUAUGCAGACCGGGUCCAUCCAGACCAGUGGAAGUAUCUUGAUGCUUGGGGAGCGGUUUUGGAGAAACAGCCUGGGUGGUUAAAGGAAUGCAAGUGCAUGAAUGUUGGUGCCAUAGUGGAUGAAAGGAACAAAGACACUGGCACGAUUAGUGACCGGCGGGAAAAGAAACUGGAAGGGAGAGUUAACCCCUAUCCAGACUCGGGAAAUCCAGCUGAUGAGCCGCAGCCGGUUCCCCCAUACACCCCCGCCUUCUAUCCCCCGUUGCCGCCUCAACUUGGUCUAGCACCGGAUGAAGAUGGAACACCAAAGUUUGAGACUCGGGUGGUGUAUCAGCAUGUGCCAUUCACUAGCUCGGAUCUUCUGAACUGGAAGGCAUCUCGACCUUCCUGGACAGAGGACCCGAGGGGAAUGGCAAGUCUAGUGGAAGGCAUUGUUCAGACCCAUAAUCCCAGUUGGGUAGAUUUGAAACAAUUAAUAGAAAUGUUGCUAACAGCUGAGGAGCGUGUGUUGAUGACACAAGUAGGGAAGCAGGAAGCUUUGAAAGAGCAUGCAAGCACACACAGUCAGCAAGCAGCAGAUGUAUACCAGGAAGCGGUAUUCCCAGUAGGGCGAGAUCCCCGCUGGGACCCUAAUGUGCCGGAAAACAAGGAUUCUUUGAAGUUGUACCAGCAGUUGAUUGUUCGUGCCUUGAGAAAGGGAUCCCCACGGAUCCCUAACGUAAGGAAAAUUUAUGAGAUGGAACAGAAGAAAGAUGAGAGCCCAGCAGCGUUUUUGGAAAGGUUGAGGGAGGCUUUUUUGAAGUACUCUCCGUAUGAUAUGGAAGAUCAGGAUGAUAAGGCUGAAGGGAAGGUGGUGUUGAAGAGUGCCUUUAUCAGUCAGUGUGCACCAGACAUUCGGAGAAAGCUUCAGAAAAGCCCUGGGCUGGUACACAUGACUUUAGAAAGGGUGAUGGAGGUGGCUAGCCAGACCUACAUGUCCCGUGAGGCUGUGCUGGCCAAGCAGGAGGAGGCAAAGGUGUGUCGGAGAGCAAAGUUGGUUGCAGCUGUGUUUCAAGGAGGAGGGCCCAAUGGGCCAGGAUGGAAAGGGAGAGGACAAGGCCAGGUGGGAAAGGCCCAGGGGAGCUGCAGGCCCCCUCUGGGGCCGAAUGAAUGUGCUCGGUGCCACCGUCAGGGGCACUGGAAGAACGAAUGGUUUAGAGAAGGACAGAAUGGGCAGGAAUUGGAUAGGCGUUUGCAAAUGGCUUUGGAACUACCAGUGGAGGAGGAAUGGAGAUUGUACACGGUAAUAGAGGAAAGAACCGAUUGGGAGGCUUUUGGUGUCCCAAAGGUAUGGGCUGAAGAUAACCCUCCAGGAUUGGCAAAGGAUGUUCCACCAGUGGUGAUUGAGUUAAAGCCCUUUGCCAAUCCGGCUGUAGUCCAUCAGUAUCGUCUCCCUCGGGCGGCGGUGGUUGGAAUUGCAGCCUAUUUGGAGAAGUUGGAAAAAUAUGGUAUUCUGGUUCCUUGCCAGUCGCCAUGGAACACACCCCUCUUGCCAAUCCAGAAGCCGGAUGGAACUUACCGGCCUGUACAAGACUUACGGGCAGUUAAUAAGUUGGUGAUUCCUCUUCACCCGGUGGUCCCAAAUCCCUACACCCUGCUGAGCCUGAUUCCACCUCACCAUCAGUGGUUCACGGUCCUGGAUCUUAAGGAUGCGUUUUUUUGCAUCCGCUUGGCUAAGAAGAGCCAGGAGAUCUUUGCUUUUCAAAGAGAAGAUCCAGAGACGGGACAUAAGGGUCAGAUGACGUGGGCCAGACUUCCGCAGGGAUUUUGCAAUUCACCAACGAUUUUUGGGCAAGCUUUGGCUCAGGACUUGUUGCCUUUAGUCAAAAAUGACAAAGGAUGGACUAUUUUGCAGUAUGUGGAUGACAUACUUUUGGGAACAGAUACUAGAGAACAGUGUCUAGAAGGAACUCAGGCUCUGUUACAGUUCUUGGCAGAGAAAGGUUACAGGGUUUCUAAGAAGAAGGCUCAAUUGGUACAGCGAGAGGUUAAGUAUUUAGGUUUUCGGCUGGCUCAAGGUUUCCGGAGGUUGGAGGUGGAACGUAAAGAGGCCAUCUGUUCCAUCCCCACCCCCCAGACGAGGAAACAGAUUAGGGAAUUUUUGGGGGCGGCGGGGUUUUGUCGCAUAUGGGUUCCAAAUUUUGGACUAUAUGCUAAACCCCUCCACGAGGCUACAAAAGGGAAAUCAGGAGACCCAUUGGUGUGGGGUCCAGAGCAGCAACUUGCAUUUGAAGACCUCAAGAAAGCUUUGAUGUCGGCCCCCGCUUUGGGGCUACCUGAUUUGGAGAAGAUCUUUUACUUAUAUGUAGGAGAAAGAAAGGGAGUGGCAGUUGGAGUGUUGACUCAACUUGUAGGGAGCUGGCCUCGACCAGUGGCUUAUUUGUCGAAGCAACUGGACAAUGUGGCUUGUGGAUGGCCCCCAUGCUUAAGGGCUGUGGCAGCUGCUGCAGUCCUUGUGGAAGAAGCAAAUAAAUUGACUUUGGGACAGCCCAUCAUUUUGAAGUGUCCCCAUGCUGUAGUAACUUUGAUGGAACAUAGGGGGCACCAUUGGCUCACAAACAGCCGAAUGUUAAAAUAUGAAAGCAUGUUGGUGGACAAUCCUCAGGUCACCUUGUCUGUGUGUGCAACCUUAAACCCAGCUACCCUUCUACCGGUGGAAGAAGGAACCUUGAUGCAGCACGAUUGUUUGGAAGUGAUGGAUGAGGUCUACUCAAGUAGGCCGGAUCUCAAAGAUGUACCUUUUCAAACCCCUGAGUGGGUGCUUUUCACAGAUGGUAGCAGUGUGGUGAUUGCAGGACAACGAAAAGCAGGGUAUGCUGUGGUGACAGGGGAUGGGAAGACCUUGGAGGCAAAGGGGUUGCCCCCAGGGACCUCCGCCCAGAAGGCUGAGCUUAUUGCUCUCACCAGGGCUUUACAAUUGGCAAAGGGAAAGAAAGUCAAUAUUUACACCGAUUCAAAAUAUGCUUUCACUACCCUGCACGCCCACGGUGCCAUAUACAAAGAAAGGGGUUUGUUAACCUCAGCAGGACAACAGAUUAAGAAUGCUAUUGAAAUUCUACAGCUUUUGGAAGCAGUAUGGGAACCAAAGGAAGUAGCCGUAAUGCAUUGUAAGGGACAUCAGUACGGUGAGGACCAAGUGACUCAAGGGAAUCGGCUGGCUGACCAACAAGCCAGAAGAGCGGCUGAGUGUAAUGCACCGGAGGAGACAGUGUUGCAAUUAGAUGUCACACCAGUGAUAGGGACCAUGACCUACUCUGCAGGGGAAUCGGCUGGCUGA